AUGGUAUACGAAUCUCAGAUAUCGUUCACACUAGACACUAUCUGUCCAUGGUGGGUUAAACUGCUCUACCAAAUUCUCGACACACCUCUGACCUUCCGGUCCACGGACCCAGGAGUGACCUUUACGGUCAAGUACCUCCCAUACCAGCUCUAUCCUAAAGCACCACAAGAAGGCGAGGAUAAAUACUCGUGGUACCGUGAUGCCAGAUUCAAUGACGACGAAGAGCAUAUGCGCAAAUACGUGGUCCUCAUGACAGCAUAUGGCAAAGCAGAAGGCAUUGCGUACAAAUUUGGCGGAAGAGUAGGCAACACGCUCCAAGCACAUCGAGUGAUUCAAGUUGUGCAAGAGACAAAGGGCUACGAUGCGGCCGAGAAAGUGGUUGACAGUCUGUACAAGCAGUACUUUGAGGAAGAGCGACAUCCCAGUUCUGAGGAGACUCUGCUCAGAGCAUUGACAGAGGCAGGGCUGGGAGAUACAGAAGCAAAGAAGAUUGCCGAAGACCAGGAUGAAGGCUUGAUGGAUGUCAAGAUGCUCAUUCGGGAGCAGGCGAGUAACGGAGUGGAUGCAGCUGCAAAGAGGUGGACGAGUAUGUCAAGGUGCUGCAGCAGGUGA